UCUGUUUGCUAAGAAUAUAAAUCCUCUAAAACCCAUCUUCCAUCAUCAUCCCAUGAUCCCAAUACGCAAUCAAAUUCAACAACCCUUUUGAUUUCUCACUUCAGUUUAAUAAUCACAAUUUCCUCACCAACAAUAUAUGUUCUGGGUUUAACAACAGAGAAGAAUUUUGAGAUGGGAUGUUGCAGCAGCAAAAGGGCGAAUUCGAAAGCAAGCCGUGUUAGCCGCUGGCGUUCUACUGGCAUUGUUGCCUUACGUGACUCCAAAUUGAAGACAUUUCCAGAUGAAGUUCUUGACCUCGACAGAUCUGUGCGCACACUUGAUUUAACACACAAUAGAAUAGUUGACAUUCCAGUGGACAUCAGCAAAUUAAUUAACUUGCAAAGACUGAUGUUGGCUGACAAUCUGAUUGAACGGUUACCUAUCAACUUGGGAAAGCUUCAGUCCCUAAAAGUUGCAUCACUUGAUAAGAACAGGAUUACCACCUUGCCAGAUGAAUUAGGCCAAUUGGUGAAACUCGAGCGCCUAUCAGUCUCAGAAAAUUUAUUGACAAGCCUGCCAGAAACCAUAGGAAGCUUGCGCAACUUGGUGCUGUUGAAUGUAUCAAACAACAAGUUAAAGUCUCUGCCAGAAUCAAUUGGGAGUUGCUUCUCUCUUGAAGAACUGCAAGCAAAUGAUAAUUCUAUUGAAGAAAUUCCUGCUCCAAUAUGCAAUCUUGUUCACCUCAAGUCACUCUGCCUGGACAAUAACGAUCUGAAACAGAUACCUCCAAAUAUAUUAAGAGAAUGCAGAAGUCUUCAAAAUAUUUCUCUCCAUAAUAAUCCGAUUUCGAUGGACCAAUUUCAACAGAUGGAAGGAUUCCAAGAAUUUGAAGUUCGGAGGAAAAAGAAGUUUGAUAAGCAAAUAGAUUCAAAUGUAAUGAUUGGUUCCAAAGGGCUUGAUGAGGGUGUUGACCUCUGACGUGGGUUGUUAAGCUUGAUGUUUAUGUUUUGUCCUGGUAUGACGCUCCAGUUGAGUGAGGCUCUAUGUGUACAGAAGUUAUUCAAAUUUGGAAAAGGAAGAUGGUUGUCACGUUGUGCGUUCUCUUGUCCUCCCUGCAGCUUUUUGGUAGACCGGCCAUUAUCCAGAGCAGAAUUUGAUUAAAUGAUGCAUGGUUAGGCAUGAUACCUGUGAAUGCUAUAUCCUUUGUCACCAGCUGUGUAUCUCUAUUGGGUCUUGUAUAGUAUAAAUCUUAGUAGCGUCUGCAGCAGAUGAAUAUUCAAAAUAGUGAGACUUCGAAUUUUUUGAUUCCGACUUCUGAAUGGCUAAUAGAAUUCAACAUUUGUUUUUUUA